UUGGAAUUUUCUGAUGAAUCAACCGUUGUCUUUAAUCUUCACAAGUUUGAAAGGUAUACGUUAUUGUUCCCAUUUCCCAGACGGAGAAAUUGAGGUUCAGGAAGGUUACACAAAGUCCCGAGUCUAAGAAAAAUGUCUCCCAGAUUCCAAAAGAUGUUUCUAUUUUGCUAAUAGUGGCCGUUCAAGCAUUAGAGGAAAGGUUGCCCGUGGUAUCGCUGGUGUUGCUUCUUCCCACUUUCAAAUCUAGAAUAGUAAAAUUGCAAAAAUCCCAACAGGCAUGAGAGUUAUCGCAGUAGAUAGGGUAGGUUGGUUCUCUGUUGUGGUCAAAGUCAGCUCUGUGGCGAGGCGGGUUCUCCCAACAAUAGCCCACACCAUUUCCAAGCUUUUCUGGGCGACGUGCAGCCCGGAGUGUGGAACUUCUCUGGAUGCGCCCGGCCCCCAAAGCGAGGAGACAGACAGCCCCGAUUCUCCGCAGCCCCAGGUUUACUCGUCAAGGACCGAGGGGCCUCUGAGCUCCGACCGCCUCCUCUCCGCCCCCUGCAGGCCGGCCGGAGGGACAGCUCAGGGCACAGGUCGGCGAAGGGAGCACGGAACCAAAGAGCGCUAGCGCCGGUCCGGCCGCCUUUCCACAAAGUCCGGGCCGGGCCGGUCCGCCCCGCCGCGGAGACUCAGGACUGAUCGCGGCUCCCUAUCGCCAUGGCGCGGGUGCUGAUCGUGGGCGCCGGGGUGACAGGAAGCUUGUGCGCUGCGCUGCUGAGGAGGCGGACUUCCCGUCCCUUGUACCUUGCUGUGUGGGACAAGGCUGAGGACUCAGGUGGAAGAAUGACUACAGCCAGCAGUCCUCAUAAUCCUCAGUGCACAGCUGACUUGGGUGCUCAGUACAUCACCUGUACUCCUCAUUAUGCCAAAAAACACCAACGUUUUUAUGAUGAACUGUUAGCCCAUGGCAUUUUGAGGCCUCUAACCUCGCCUAUUGAAGGAAUGGUGAUGAAAGACGGAGACUGUAACUUUGUGGCACCUCAAGGAAUUUCUUCAAUUAUUAAGCAUUACUUGAAAGAAUCAGGUGCAGAAGUAUACUUCAGACAUCGUGUGACACAGAUCAAUCUAAGAAAUGACAAAUGGGAAGUAUCCAAACAAACAGGCUCCCCCGAGCAGUUUGAUCUUAUUGUACUCACAAUGCCAGUUCCUCAGAUUCUGCAGCUUCAAGGUGACAUCACCAACUUAAUUAGUGAAUGCCAAAGGCAGCAACUGGAGGCUGUGAGCUACUCCUCUCGAUAUGCUCUGGGCCUCUUUUAUGAAGCUGGCACGAAGAUUGAUGUCCCUUGGGCUGGGCAGUACAUCACCAGUAAUCCCUGCAUACGCUUCGUCUCCAUUGAUAAUAAGAAGCGCAAUAUAGAGUCAUCAGAAAUUGGGCCUUCCCUCGUGAUUCACACCACUGUCCCAUUUGGAGUUACAUACUUGGAACACAGCAUUGAGGAUGUGCAGGAGUUAAUCUUCCAGCAGCUGGAAAACAUUUUGCCAGGUUUGCCUCAGCCAAUUGCUACCAAAUGCCAAAAAUGGAGACAUUCACAGGUACCAAGUCCUAAUAUGAUUCUAGGAUGUGGGAAGAGCCCCUGGAUGACGGCCACUGGAUUUCCCAUAUGACUUCCUGGAAAUUAGAGCACACAGUCAGGUUUUAUUUGAUUUUUUUUUUUAAAGGAACCACAGGAUACCACUUCACAGCUUUUAGGAUAGCUAUUAUUUAAAAGCAAACCAAAAAGCAAACAGAAGAUAAAUGUUGGCAAGGAUGUGGAGAUAUUGGAUUCCCUUGUGCAGUGCUGGUGGGAAUGUAAAAUGAUGUAGCUACUAUGGAAAAUGAUAUAGCAAUUUCUUUAAAAAUGAAAUAUAGAAUUGUCAUAUGAUCCGCAAUUCCACAUCUGGAUGUGUAUCUAUCCAAAAGAAGUGAAAGUAGGGACUUGAACUGACAUUUGUACACCAAUGUUCAUAGCAGCUUUAUUCACAACAGCCAAAAGGUAGAAGCAAUGCCAGUGUCCAUGGAUAGAUGAGUAGAUAAAUAAAAUGUGGUAUAAACAUACAAUGGACUAUUAUUUAGCCUUAAAAGGGAAGGAAAUUCUGAUGUGCUGCAAUAUGGAUAAAACAUAAAGUCAUUAUGCAAAGUGAAAUAAGCCUAUCACAAAAAAAAAAUUACAUAAUUCCACUUAUAUGAGAAAUCUAGAGCAGUCAGCUUCAUAGAGACAGAAAAUAGAAUGGUGGUUGCCAAGGGCUGGGAGAAGGGGGCAAUGGAGAGUGAAUGUCUAGUGGGUCAGAGUUUUAGUUUGGGAAAGUAAAAAGUUCUGGAGAUGGAUGAUGGUGAUGGGUGCUCAACAGUGUGAAUGUACUUAAUGCCACAGAACUGCACAUUUAAAUAUGGUUAAAAUCAUCACUUUUAUGUUAUGUAUAUUACCACAAUAAAUAAAGAAGUUGAUAUUUCUUAUACUUACAAAGAGGAGAAGGGCAUUUGCAAAUCAACAAGAAGCAUGAGGCCCCUCUCUCUAGCAGAAAAAUAGACUCAAUCUAUUUCUUUUUCUUUUAACAUCCUGUUUAAUGGAAACGCCAAAACAAAUGGGAAAAAAUACACACACACAAAUAUAUAUGAACAUGUUUUGCCUCAUGAGUAAUCAAAAUGUGUACAUAUGUAUGUUUAUGUAUGUGCAUUUAUAUUUAAAAUCAUGUUCUGUCUUAUGAGUAAACAAAAAGUAUACAAAUUCAAAACUAUAAUGAAAUGU